AUGCACGAGCAUACUCAACCUAGUGUUAUCCAUAAGGAUAUCAAAACGAGCAACAUACUCCUUGAUUCCACUUUUAAAGCAAAAAUUUCAAAUUUCUCCACAGCCAGGCCUGCGACUUGCUCUAUGAUGCUAAAGGUCAAUGUGUUAGCUUUUCAAGUUGUUCUGCUCGAGUUACUUUCAGGCAAGAAAGUUAUGGAAGCCAAAGAUAAUGGUGUAGUUGUGAUGUUAUGGAAAGAAAUAAAAGGAAUCUUGAAAGAUGAUGAUCACAGAGAAGAGAAGCUAAGGAUGUGGAUGGAUCCAUACUUAAAGAACUCAUACCCCACUGAAGGCGCUCUAAGCUUGGCAACCUUGGCAAAAUGCGCACAUCAGAUUAAUCCUCCGAGAGACCAGGAAUGA